ACCGACUACCGGACACUCCGCCUUUCUGCCCCCGGUAAUAGUGCUUCCGUUGUCGAAUUCCAAGGUCCGCCACUCACCGGUAUCCUGCGCUGAACCCUGGAGCUCUUUGAACUUUCUGUCUGGAGAAUCGAUUGAACAGAAAACAAAGGAAACGAUGAACGGACGUGAGCUCGGAGCCAGUGAAAGCUGAGGACGGAUAUUUACCACUUUUUUUUGUGUGUGUGUGUGUGUGCGCUUUGGGAACGGGUUGCCAUUUUUUGUGAACAGCUGUGAAACUUUCUGCGGUCCGACGGGAGAAAAGAAAGAAAAGUGACUCGUCAGCGCAACAUUGCGCCUGAGUCACCGACUAUUUCAACACCCUUACAGCGCAGAGGGAUUGAUGACUUCUUUCUCUGUCUCUCACAUUAAGUUCCGCUUUAAAGUUGUUGACUCACUGGCAGACACUCAUUCACCCAGACAGCCUAGCUGGAGCCGCCCGCCUGCCUUGCAUGUCUGCCGGGCCCCGCGGCUGAACCGCACCGCCGUGCGCCGUGCGCACCUUUGUCAGGUGAAAGGCGUGUAGCUGAGCGGGUGGUGCUUCACCUGAGUGAGUGGCGGUAGUAAGCUGAGAUCAGUUUAGGAACUGAUCUUCACAUGAAACAGAGACACCGGUAAACAGUGAUCUGUUUACUGCAGCUCAGCAGGACGCAUUAUGGACCGGACUGACAGUUUGGAGGUUUAACGGACCAGUGGGUCAAAGUGGUGCUUGUAUUAAACUAUUUAUUGACCGGUGGAUAUAUAUAUUAAUAUUUAUCAAGAUCAUGGCGUUGUCUCAGAUUCAGUGUCUGGAUGAUCACCACGUCAACUGGCGUGUGAGCGAGAGCAAACCGGAGUUUUUCUACAGUGAGGACCAAAGGCUCGCGGUGGAAGCGCUCAUCAACAAGGGCCGCGAUGCGUUCACGGACUACAUCCACAAGCACGGCGUCCGGGAGUUCCUCUCGGAGCCGGAGCUGGAGAAGAUCGCACACAGAGCUGAGGCCUACCGACCCGGACACGAGCAGCAUCAUCAUCAGAAGACUGAGACGCCAGGCCCCGGGAACCUAACCCCUGGUUCAGGGGUAGAAGGAGAAGAUGGGAAUGUGUCGCUCCAGUACUGGCCAGACCGGUCUGAAGCCUCAGUGGCGGAGCUGGAUCUCGGGUGGCCCGAUGCCAUUUCAUAUCGGGGGGUCACACGGGUGACCGUGCACACCCAACCUCCAGCCGACGGGCACACGCAUAUCAAGGAGGUGGUGCGCAAGAGCAUUGCAUCAGCUCAGAAGGUAAUAGCUGUGGUUAUGGACGUGUUUACAGAUGUAGAUAUUUUUCGAGACCUGCUGGACGCAGCGUACAAACGCAGAGUUCCUGUAUACAUAAUGAUCGACAUGGCCGCAGUCCCCUGCUUUCUUUCCAUGUGUGGCAGAGCUGAUAUGCACCGCGGACACCUAAAGAAUCUGCGUGUACGCUGCUGUGGAGGUGUGGAGUUUUUCACUCGGUCUGCACAGAAAGUGCGCGGAUCACUGAGCCAGAAGUUCCUCCUGGUUGAUGGAGACAGAGCGAUCUCUGGUUCAUACAGUUUCACCUGGUCCUCGUCUCGUUUGGAUCGUAACCUCAUCACUGUGAUCACAGGACAGGCAGUGGAGACCUUUGACCUGCAGUUUCGUGAGCUUUACCUCCUGUCCAGAAGUGUGUCGCUGAACAAGGUUCCUAUGGAUGAUGAACCAAUCCCUGACCCGCUCCCUCAGGCGGCUCCCGCUCCGGUGUCAGCUGCCAUUGCUAGGAAGCUCAUCAAUCCCAAAUAUGCCCUUGUUGCCACGGGAACACACACAAGUCCUGCUUCUUCUGACCAAAAUUCAAGCAACAAGAAUUCCCAGAAUCCCACUGGGCUAAAAAUAACGAAAGGACGUCUGAGGAACGUUAUUGAAGAGCGACCUUUACAUCCAGGAUUAGCGCAUCUGGAGAAAGCGUACCUGAUCCCGUACCUGCCCACCUGGCCUGAGCCAGACCCACCAAGCGACGUGAUUGGCUUUAUCAACAUCAGGGAUGACAAGAGAGCCAAUCAGGUUCACUUACAGAGGUCAGAGAGGUUUGAGGUCAGCCAGGCUAUACGCUUCAGCUCACCACUGACACUGCCAGCACAGACCGAGGCACCUGCUUCAGAUCAGGAUGCAAAGCCUGCGGCAGCAGCAGAAAAUCCUUCUGGAAAUACAAAUACAACCACCUCUACUCCUGUCAGUCCAAACAAGAAACAGGCCAAACAGCAAACACACAGACCUCAGAAUAAAGACCAGACUGAUGCAGCAGACUGCAGAGGGCCUCCUCAGCAGCCAAACACACCUUUAACACAAGACACAAACACACACAGUCCUACAUCACCAUCCAAUGUUACUGCUGAUUCACAGCCAACAGACAAUGCUAAACAAACUCCAGAGCCUCCACAAACUGUAGCACCACCUGUUCCUAAACGCCGCACACUGCAGUUAAUCAUAGACCCCGCUGCCUCAGAGCAGCCUGGCCAACCACAGGUCACUCUGAUGAAAAUGGACCAGUCAGAAAGUCUCGAUGGCUUUAGCGAAAAGAAACCCCUGGAGGAGCUCACGCCAAGCCGUAGCCCCCUGACAUCAAAGGAUGACGGAAGGGACUCUGGCAGCAACGAGGGCGGCAGCCAAGACAGCACCAAGGUCAUAUGUGACCGAGGAACCAAUGAUGACCCGUCGAGCACCUCCACAGUGUCAGAAGAGGAGUUUUACGAUUGUAAAGAGCCAAGAGACAUUUUGACCAACGGAGUGACGACAGGGUCAGGUCGUGGAAAUCGCCAUGGAGACGGGGUCAACAUGAUGGCCCGCCUAUCCCAGAGCAUGCUGGAUCUGCGUGAGCCCAGCCAGUCAGAGGACAGCGCCAGCCUCAUCCGCCAAUCACAGCAGCUCCGCAGACAAUUGCACGCCUCACCUCAUAGGCACAUAGGACAGUUGUUCCAGACCUCAAGAUCUCCAGGUCGUGAUGCACGUAAUAAAGGAGCUAAAGUAGUCAUUGCCAAACCAGGAAGUUAUCACCGCCCCACCCGAGCAUCUGGUCCUGUGAUUGGAGGACACCGUUACUGGCAGGGUCAAACACUGCAGCCUGAUUCAGUAGCUGAGACGCGCUCUGGUCGGUCGCCACGACGCCACAGUCCAAACUACAGAAAGACUGAGUACAUGUCGUCACAGCAGCCAGCCGGCCCUUCAGGGUUAUUAGGAGUAUCAUUCUCAAAACUGAGCAAUUUAAAACACUUAAGGGCGCGAGGUGACACGGCGCAGAAGAAGGCGUCUCAAAAUAACAAGGCUACUAGGUAGAAGGUUGAUACUUUGCGCUAAGAAAUAGGUGACUCUUCAGCAUGGAAUCUUCUCUAUCUAUGGCAUGCAUGAACUAUGUAACUGGGAUUUAUGACUUUGUCAGCAAGUGUUGGCAGUUUGAUUUGAUGAUCUGUUUUAAGAGGGUAUGUCCGUAAAUGAAUUGCAUCACCUUCCAAUCCGACGCUUUGUGGUUUAAAGCUUAUGAUUGGAUGGUUUCAGUAGUAUCUUGCUGAUGAAUUUUAGAAGCAGAUACUGAUAUCUGGAAAGAGCUUAACUGAAAAAAGAUAUCAGCUGAUAUUUGAAUGUAUACAAACUUAUGCAUACGUUUAGCUUUUCUACCAAAGGCAGGUUAUUCUGUAGAUGAUACAAAUUUGGUCAACUGUUCAGUCGGCUAGCGCUUCAGUAUUGUGAACAAUCUUUUGAACAAAUGUUUCUAAAUUACCUCUGCUUAACUUUUUCAGAAUUUUGUACUGUAAUGUUGAUUUUCCGUAUGUAUAACCUACAUAGAUGUGACGUAUCUGUGAAAUGCACGAUCAGCCGAUUACGUCUCCCCGCUGAUAUAAUAAUCAGGUUUUCAGGUGUUGAUACCACUGUGAUUGGUUACUGUGGGUGCUGAAGGGUAGGGAUAUUGUGUUGAAUGCUUUCACAGAUUUACUGGAUUACCUGUGCAGGUGUAGAGAACUCAAAGAGUAUAUAUGUGUAAUUUUAAAUACUGAUGUGGGACCAAAAGGGAAUGCUGUAAAUAAAAUUAAAAAAACAGAUUA